AUGGUACUGGUUGAAUUUUUGUUACUGUAUCUUUUCUGUUUUGUUGUUUUAGCUUGUCGUACGGAAGACACACAUCAAAUUGGGCUCCGUAUUAUUUUGAUGGUGGCUGAUGAUGCAAGUUGUAGCUCUAGAAACCCGAGACCAGCAACAAUCUUCAACAAUCCUUACAGUCGGGUAAAUUUGUAUGGCGAAGAGAUAGAGAUUGAUUAUCGUGGUUACGAAGUUACUGUAGAAAACUUCAUUCGUGUACUAACUGGGCGUUUACCUCCUUCGACACCUACUUCUAAGCGCCUCAAUACUGACGAGCACAGUAAUAUCCUAAUAUAUAUGACAGGCCAUGGUGGUGAUGGUUUCCUUAAGUUUCAAGAUGAUCAUGAACUUUCUAACAGUGAACUGGCCGAUGCGAUUGAACAGAUGUGGCAGAAACGUAGGUAUCAUGAAUUACUAUUCAUUGUCGAUACAUGUCAAGCUGAAUCAAUGGGCAAGUUGUUUUAUUCGCCUAAUGUAGUAGCCAUCGGUAGCAGUGCUAUAGGAGAAGAAUCAUUAUCUCUCCAUUCGGAUCGCGAAAUUGGGACCUAUGUUUCUGAUCGAUAUUCUUACUAUGCGUUUCAGUUUUUGGAGUCUGUUACUCCUUCGAGCAAAAGAACAUUGUAUGAUUUUUCCCAGUUAUGCUCUUUCUCAUUAUGUCAAUCAACUGUUAUCACUCGAUCUGAUUUAUUUAGACGUGAUAUACGUCGCGUACUUGUUACAGAUUUUUUUGGUAGCGUGCGUCAUAUAAUCCCUGGACCAGUUAUAGAAAUUAACAAUUCCACUUUGUAUGAAAACAAUACAUUAAUUAAACACUGA